CAAUGACACUGACCGGCGCGAGAUCACCGAGAUUAAGACGGCGUCGCGGAUAGGUGUCGCCUCGUUCGCUCGCCAUUAGCUGAACGUAGCGGCGCAAAUUGGUCCGCAAACGCCAUUAGUUGAGCCUUGUAAGUGCGUGUAAGCGGAGCGGUCUGAGGAACAUUUUUCGAAAAUAUUAAAAAAAAAAAAAAAAAAUCGACAAAGCACUUUACUAUUGCCUAAUUUUGGCUAAUUUAAAGCAUCUUUUUUUGGUGAAAAGGUCAAUGCGCCGCGGUUGAUAUUUGUUAGUGUAGCGCUAUUCUGCAAUAAGUAUCUGUGCCGCGAAAUGCUGAAAUUGAGCAUAAUUUGCACAUUGUUCGCGUCCAUUAUUUGGCGCACCACGCCGACCAAUUGUAGCCGCCCCUACGGUCACGGCGGCAAUGUGAAUCAAAUUUUGGCAACGAAUAUACAAAAUUACAUGGACACCACAGCGCGGCCAUGCGAAAACUUCUAUCAGUACGCUUGUGGCCACUGGCCGCAGCAACACAUUGAGCAAUUGGAUUUCGGCGAUACGUUUGGACUGUUGGAUUAUGAGCUCAACCGCAAGUUGGAGCAUUUGCUGCGGCGCCAAGUCAACGCCAGUGCCAGCAAUGCGGUUAGCAGCACAACAACGGCGGCACCAACACAAUACACCGGCGACAGCAUUACUGCUGUCGUCACGAAUUUUGUCACUGCUGCCGCGGCAUUGGAGGGUCCGUACGCCAUGGUGGGCGACCUGGUUGUGGAGCCACAGCCGGCCACGUCCAGCACUACGGCUGCCACAUCGACAGCGUCCACAUACCUGCCGGAGGAUUCGGUUGGUGAACCGCUGAUUUACGAGAAAGCACGCACCUACUAUCGCUCCUGCAAGAAGGUGAAGCCGUACAACCUCAAGAAAUAUUUACAACUCAUACAGCCGGGUUUCGGCGCGCACUGGUGCAUUUUGGCACGCAAUGGCGGCAAGAAAUGGCAUGCGGAGCACUUUGACUGGCUGUCGGCGAUUGCCAAGCUGCGUUUGUAUGGGCUGAACGGUGUGUUCUUGAAGGAGGAAGUGCUGCCGCGUUGGGAUGAGUCCAGCAGUAAUAGCAUUUACCUGGACAAACCGGAUUUGGCUGAGACAGAGCCCACCGAGGAGGGCAUAAUGAUCGAGCUGCUCUUGGAUAUUGGCCAAACGAAGCGUGCAGCGAACGAGGUCGCGCGUGAGGUACACACUUUCUCUUUGCGUCUGCAUAAACUGCACGAAAUUGAGGACGAAGAGGGUGCUAAGGAAAUGCAGUUGGGCUAUUUGCAGGAGUAUGUGCCGGAAAUAAAAUGGCUUGAACUGCUGAAACAGCUGAAGGGCCCCGCAACUAAUCUCGAAACCACAGUCAUCAUACAAAAUAUACCCUACAUGCGCGCCCUGGUGCGUCUGCUCGCCGAUACUCCCAAAGAGACACAAUGCAACUAUAUUAUGCUGAAAUUUUUACUCUUCCUGAAGCAGCGUGGACCAGCGGAGAUUUCGAAGCAUGAGUGCAUUUCGAGUUUACGACGCGCCAUGCCUUUGGCUAUGAGCUACAUAGUUGGUCGUCAUUACUACAAGGAUCCAAAACAGACGGAUGAAAAUGUGCAAGAGAUUUUUGCGCAAUUACAGCAAAAGUUCUAUGAGAUCAUCAAUGAUAAUCGGCUGCAGCUGCAACGUCCCAUUAUAGAUGCGCUGCUGCAAAAGAUCUCCAGCAUGCGUCUGCAGAUAGGCAAUUCACCGCGUAAAGCCACACCCGAGUACUAUGAUGAGUACUACGAACGCGUCGAACUCGAUCCGAACAAUUUCUAUGUGAAUCAGUUGAGUUUACUGCGUUUGGCUGUCGAGAAGAGUCACGAAAGUUUGGAUUCUGCGAUCGCCAGCAAUUUUAGUGCACCCGAAAAUGAUUCGUAUGUGCUACCCAACUGGCUGGGCAGUACAUCGUCGCCAUUCUAUGUGAAGCCAAAGAAUCUAAUAAUUGUGCCCUAUAGCUACCUGCAGAUGCCAAUAUACCAUCGUGGCUUGCGCGACAUCUUCAAAUACUCGGUGCUCGGCUUCAGCAUUGCACACGAACUCCUCCACGGCUACGACUCGGCGGGCAUCGACUACGAUAGCAUCGGCAACAUUAUGGGACCCAGCGAAGAGAUUGCGGCAAAUCAGCGUUUCAUGCAAGGUCUGCGUUGCAUGCAGAACGAGCUGGCCACCGGUUCGCGUAGUCUCAAUGAGAAACUGGCAGAUUACGAAGGCUUCCGUUUGGCCUACGAAACCUACUUUAGUGGCAACAUGUCACAGCGCUCGAACAAACUGUUGCCCGAAUUCACGGACAAACAACUGUUCUUCGUCAACUUCGCACAAUUCUUCUGCAGCAAGGUGCAGCGCAGCCUACGACAGACCGCCUAUUUGGAACAUGCAACCGAUGAGCUGCGCGUGCUGCAGACUUUGGCGAAUUUUGAGGAAUUCUCACGCGAAUUCGGUUGCGAGCGACGCGCGAAAAUGCAGUCGAAGCAUCGAUGUCGACUUUGGUGAAGCGCAACGAGAAGAAGCGUGCGAGCAUGUUUUAAAAAUAAAAAUAAAUAGCAAAGAUUAAAAUACAACUGAUAAGGUCGCAGAAUUCGAGUGUAACGGCACAAUAAACAGAAAUAUAUAUAUUUAAUGAGUAUAUUUAAAAUAAGAGAACUUUUAUGAACAGCUUUAAUUGAAAGCUUGUCUACAAUUUAAAUAGACUGUUGAGCUUUCUUUGUAUGCCUUGAUUAACAUUUUAUAUGAAUAAGAUAUAUAUAUAUAUAUUUGUAGACAUACUUAUGUACAUAAAUUGAAAUAUAUGGAAGCUUUGGUAGCAAAUACUGUUGUGAAUAUUUAGAAAUAUUGUGCAAUAA